AUGGAGGUGCUACCAGGGGACAGGCAGUACAUCAGAAGAUCCGAAAUUGUUCAUUUGUUUUUUUUCUCCCCCUUUUGCUUUCUCUCCUGACCAGCGGCGUCCAGCUUCAGUUUUUGCGUGCCCCUGGAGCACACGGUGUCUGCUGAGGAGCUGGGCUACCAGCUGCCGCGUCGGGCCGGAGGCAGCAACCUGACCUGCACGACGGCCCGCGGCCAGAAGACAGCGCACACACGCACCGUCAAACUGCUGCAGCAGCCUGGCACAGAGGGUAUCCAGCUUCAUCCAGGUGAAGCCUUCACCGUCUAUCACACCAGUCCUACACUGUCCUGUCUGUCCAAACCUGUGGUGCUGUGGACUCAGCAGGAUGUCUGCAAGUGGCUGAAGAAACACUGUCCUCACAACUACCUGACCUACGUAGAGGCCUUCUCCCACCACGCCAUCACAGGUCGAGCAUUGCUGCGGCUGAACGGGGAGAAGCUAGAGCGGAUGGGAAUUGUGCAGGACUCCCUGAGGCAGGAAGUCCUCCAACAAGUCCUUCAGCUGCAGGUCAGAGAAGAGGUUCGCAACUUGCAGCUCCUUAGCCGAACCUCCUUUGGAAAUUUCUCUUAGCUCAUCCCAGGAUGUGCUUGGCAGUCCCUUCCCUCAUCUCCUGUCACAAUACAUCUCCAGGAGCAGCGGAAGAGCUGCUAUCUCCAGAUAUGUGAGCGGGGAACCAACGAGCGAAAGCGGGGGGGGGAAGGACGAGCCUAUAGACUGUAUGCCAACUGGUCUGGAGGAUUCUCAUUCAAUGCAGCCAAUCUGCUUUACAGGAUCCAUGACGGAGACAAAGAGCCGUUCAAAGCAGGGAGACCCUCUGUAACAUAAUGAUGCAAUGAAAGAUUCACUAUUCUAGUGAUGAUCCGGACCUGGCACUGGUGCGGUCGUUGCAAAUGUCCCUUGUGAUUCGUGUCUCGUUUGGAUUGAACCAAGUGGACAGCGCUGACAGAAAUAUGGAUCUGUUUUUGACUUUAAGAUUUUGACAAAUUGGAUUCACAGAGACCCGCUUAUAUUUAGUUAAAUGAGUCGUUUUGUGGAGCAGUCGUGAGCAGUCUUGUCUGCAGCAGAUAGCUCUCUGAACAACUUUAGUUCGGAUAUCCAGUGGAUGGUUUUACCUGGAGAGUCACACUGACCGCUGGUCCGGAGAGGCCUUGUUGGAAAGCACAUUUCUGCCAUCUUAAAUCAAAUUUGAUUUAAAAAAAAAAAAUCCAUAUGAUUCAUUCAAACACUGUUUUUUUUUUGUUUUUUUUGAAACAUAAGGCAUUAACACACCUCUCUGUGUCUGUGUGUGAGAGCCAUUUGGGCCUCACCGAUAACCAAUACAUAUUCAUAAUAUCUGUGGUUCAGUUAAACCAAAGAGUUCCUCUCAGAGGUUUACAGUUUUCAUAACAGCCUUGUGGAGACUGCAGUGUGUUGGUGUUUAAAGUGUGUUAACAAGUGUUUUACACAGAGGAGAAGAAGGAAAAAUAAUGAACUGAAAAGAAACAAUUAAGGGAUUUCUCACCAGGAUAUCAAAACAGUUUGAAAUACUUGUUGUUUCUGGGGGGGGGAAUAUUCAAACAUGGAAGACUGCAGUCUCUCCCUACACUGAAUUUCUAAAGAACAGGCGUUGUUGUUGCUUUUGCUUCUCCUUUUGAUCUUACUCGUGGUUGUGCUUAGAUGCAGCUUGUUUUGUGCAACCCUUUGAAUGAGAGAUUUAUUCUUCAGGUGAGUACACAGUCAGCACGGUUACAAAAACGCGGGCUCCAUGGGAACCCCAGCGGGUGGGUGCAGAUGACACACCGGCUUUAUGGAUAAGCAGGCAGUAAAAUGAACUAUUCAGUUAAACUUUAUUUAUAUAGCGCCAGUUCACAACACAUUUCAUCGCAAGGCACUUUACAAAGUCAAAUUCAAUCAAAUCAUUGCUAAAACUGUAGCUUUUAUGCUAACUAAUAGCUGUUUAAUUGCCUUGCCUUUAUUCACAUGCUGUAGAGGUAUAUGGUUAUGUGCACUGAACAACUAGGCCAAGUACAAUUAGUACUCCACGUGAGACUUGGUUAGCGAACCACUUUGUUUUUGCCUGAUGCAAAAAAAAACAAAAAAAACAUAGCAGUGUAAAGUAACUAGUUUUACAACAGUUCAUGUAAACUCUAUUUUAUUUUCAGUCUGUCUUGCAAUAUGCAUUUUAGAACAAGUGUGCCAAUUACUCAUAGAGGUAUCUGCUGCAGGUAAGGAUUGACUGCUCAUAAACUUUUCACAGAGCUCCAUACAGAAAAUCUGAACCAUUCCACGGAUGAUUAUUUUACAUGUUUUGCAUCAAUGAAGUCGGGGAUAAUUCCUUGAAUCAUAUCUUCAAGCAGAGAUACUAAUGUAACAUGAUGGAAAAUUUCAUUUGGCGAGACUUUUAGAUGAAUGUCAUUCCCACAAUAAUCAUUUUUGUACUGUGACUUCUCGGCUGAAUAGUAUUGAAAAAUGUGACCUUUAUAUAUAAUUGAGUGUAGUAAAGUAACAUACACCUUAAUUUGUGUAUUUGUGAUUUAAUAAUGAAUUGAUCCGAGGGUCUUCUGGAGUUAACCCACUGCUCAAUGACUACUUAGGCUUGAUAAAGCAAUAAUUUAAAUUGUUACACGUAGAUGAUAAAGGACUGUCUGGAAACUAAAUUAAGAAAUAAUUUCCACAGAGCUGUGAGGUUCUGUCGAGGGAAAGGAAGUAAUUUGUGUGUGCAACUUUACAAUGUGCAUCAUCUGUCACUUGCAGACACUGAGGGGGGGAAAAAAAUACAGCCCUCUGUUGUAUUCUGUCCUGUUUCUUUCCCUGAGAUGAAGCUGAAGUUUCCAACGCGCAGAAAGCAAGACUGACAACAAUGACGGCGAGCCAGAUGGAAGAUUCCCACAAGUGACUGAAGUCAGAUCUGCAGAUUCAACUCCAGGCAGUAACGCUGCAGCUUUGGAGGAUGACGGUUCUCAUGUCACAUAAAUGAAUAAAACAAACAAACAUCCAGUGAAGAAAACCUGCCCAUCCAACAUUCUUCCAUGCGUCCGUUGCCAGAGGCGCCGCAGGGCAAAGUGAGAGACUGUUAAAGGAAAGAAAACACACUGUGUUAUUUUUAGAUAACCUAUUGCACUGUAAAUAUCAACACCUUUGGCUAAUAUAUUAACUGAUUAUUGGUUAACUGUUUCAAAGGCAGAAACUGUUAAAUUAUAACAUAUUUAUCUGCUUUACAGAUUCAAACAUAAAUGUGUGUAUGGAACAUAAUUGCAACUGUCUUUUUUUUUUAAUAAACCUGUUGAGAAAAA